AUGGCCGACAGCCAUCCAGUCACACUCCACCAUUCAGGAAUGAACGCUGUCGAGCGACACCAGACGCCGCUGCUCUGUGUUCGGACGAUGACUGGACUGCAGGGAUUGAUCUCGCAGAUGGAGAGCAAGGCAGAGAGGAAACUGAGGAAGGUGUGUACAACGGCGAAGGUGUACGAAGACGCGGCGGAGAAGUCCAUGGCGACGAUGACGCGCGUCUACGGCUACAACUGGCGAGUCAUCGCCAACGUGCUCGCGUCGGAGCGGACGUUCGUGGAACGCGCCCAGGGAUUGGCCGGGAACCUCACGUCGCUACGGAAACGGUCGUCCCGGCUGUCCCGGAAACUCGUGGAGCUACACGGCAUCGUCCGGAAACAAAUGGAGGACUUGUAUCGAACAGAGGUGGACGUUGACAUGAAGCUGCGAGGCUGCUACGGGUCCUGCCGGGCGGUGUUACCGUUCAGCGUCGAUCGUCUUGGCUAUCAAACGGACAUGGACGAGAUGGACCGGGCUCUCAACCAGAGAAGGAAGGCCGGCUCGCCUCCGGAACACAUCCCGCGUAUCAAGCUGCAGCCUGUAGACGUGAGCCCGGCACGGUCCGCAGAGUGUAAGAGCAUCCCAACCGCCUGGAGAGAACUGUUGACCCAGUUCGAGGACCUCGGAGCGAACCGGGUCAUUCUGGAGGCUCGGGAUCCCGCAGAGCUGGACUGAGACAGGUUUGACACUUGACAAUGGAAGUAAAGGAUGGGUGUUUCUUUUCCUUUUCAACGGCACUUUGUAACUUGGGAUUGAAAGGUGUCUAUUCAAAUAAACACAAUCGCUGUUUGGAUUAUUGAUUUUGUGUAACACCAUGCUUUCUCUGUGCACACUUACUGUUGGUAAAUGUUAAAAGUCACUUUGUCCAGUGUUCUUCUAUCGAUUAUAUCUAAACUAUGUUCUUCCAAAAAUCUAAUUGAGCAUUUCAUUUAAGUUCAUUUUAUUUUGACUCUAUGUGUAUCACAAAGGAUUACAUAUCGUCACCUUCCUAAUGGCCUAAGUCAUUUUUUCAGGUUUUUCAGAAAACACAAAAAACUGAAUGGCCUAAGUCACACGCUUGACAUAGGCCAUUAUACUAAAGGAGUAGAAUCAAAUGACCUAUUCAUCUGAAGAUCUAGGCAAUUUUAGCAGAGGUGGCCAGCACCAUGAGGCAAAAAAAUAUUUUUUGUCAAAAAAUGACACAGGCCAUUAUUUUAGGAAGGUGACGAUAUUAAAGCUGUAGUGCGUAGUUUCUGCCGCCCCCAUGAAGAAUUCUUAUAGUAAUGAUAACAAAACUGUUGACGCGUCCACAUGAUACAAGGCUUUCGUAAUCGUGCACACAGUUGCUAGUAGCCACGGAGGAUUCAAAAAACAUGACGGAUUCUUCAGAAGAGGUCAUUAUCUUCACUUGAGUUU